GGUAUUAGUUAUUAUAAUACUAGAGACUUUGCUAGUUAAAAAUGUCUUCGUACCUUGAUAUCGAUCAUCAUUCAAAAUUAGUUAAACAUUUCGGAAAAUCGGAUGAUCACGUUGUUGACGACAUUAAAACUAUCAAAGAAUGGCUCCAAAAAGAAGAACAUCUACCAGAAAUGCCUUCCGAUGCUAUUAUAAGAGGAUUUUUGGUAAUCAAUAAGUUUAAUAUUGAAAAAACUAAAGAUGCUUUGCAUAUUUACUACACGAUAAGAGAAUUGAUGCCAGACAUUCUCAAAGGUGCUCGUCCUUCCGAUAAACAUAUCCAAGAAUAUACGAAUGUUCUUCCAUUUCUGCCUUUGCCGAAGCCCACGCCGAGAAUGCAACGAGUUGUUAUAGUAAAAUUCCGCGAUCUAGAAAAUCCGGAAGAUUUGGAUCUUUUAAAAAACUUAGCACUGUACAGUCACAUAAACGAAAUUAAAUUGAAUGAAGAUUUGUCAUUGGGAGACGUAUAUAUCUUGGACUGUUUACAUUUUAAACCAGAGUAUCUGUCUAAAAUUAAUAAAGACGUUUUAAAAAAAAUCAGUUUUGUUAUAGAGGAAGUAUGGAAUAAAACUGUUAAAGAAUACCAUUUGAUUAAUAAUUCUGAGCACUCGAUUGUGUUCGGUAACCUAAUAAGGGAACAUUUAUACGAAGAAAUUAAGGAAAACAUUUAUGUUCAUGAUACACUAGAAGAUUUGUAUAAGUGCAUUCCUAAAGAAAUUCUUCCAAAAGAUUAUGGUGGUGAGGAAAAAACCUACGAUGAACUACUUGCUGAUUGGAACAAAAAAGUUGCAGAAUUCGAACAUAGAUUUCAUAAGCUGGACAACCUCGAAGGGGCAAACAAAUUACUGUCGCGCAAAUACAAAGGCAAAAACAUUUCCGAAUAUUUCAAUGAAAAAAUAAAAAAUUAGAUUGUUUCCUCAAAUUGACUCCAUUCUAAUAAAUAAGUCUUUACCCACAUUAAA